AGGGAGUCCAGACAGUCCUGGGAGUCCAGACAGUCCUGGGAGUCCUGGGAGUCCAGGGAGUCCUGGGAGUCCAGGGAGUCCAGGGAGUCCUGGGAGUUCAGGGAGUCCUCGCAGCCCAGACAGUCCUGGGAGUCCUGGGAGUCCUGGGAGUCCAGGGAGUCCUGGGAGUCCAGGGAGUCCUGGGAGUUCAGGGAGUCCUGGCAGUCCAGGGAGUCCUGGGAGUACAGUCCUGGCAGCCCAGACAGUCCUGGGAGUCCAGACAUUCCUGGGUGUCCAGACAGUCCUGGGAGUCCAGGGAGUCCAGACAGUUCUGGGAGUCCAGACAGUCCUGGGAGUCCAGACAGUCCUGGGAGUCCAGACAGUCCUGGGAGUCCAGACAGUCCAGGGAGUCCAGACAGUCCUGGGAGUCCAGACAGUCCAGGCAGUCCAGGGAGUCCUGGCAGUCCAGGGAGUCCUGGCAGUCCAGACAGUCCAGACAGUCCAGGCAGUCCAGGGACUCCUGGCAGUCCAGGCAGUCCAGGGAGUCCUGGCAGUCCUGGCAGUCCAGGCAGUCCAGGGAGUCCUGGCAGUCCAGGCAGUCCAGGGAGUCCUGGCAGUCCAGGCAGUCCAGGGAGUCCUGGCAGUCCAGACAGUCCAGGGAGUCCAGACAUUCCUGGGUGUCCAGACAGUCCUGGGAGUCCAGGGAGUCCAGACAGUCCUGGGAGUCCAGACAGUCCUGGGAGUCCAGACAGUCCUGGGAGUCCAGACAGUCCUGGGAGUCCAGGGACUCCUGGCAGUCCAGGCAGUCCAGGGAGUCCUGGCAGUCCUGGCAGUCCAGGCAGUCCAGGGAGUCCUGGCAGUCCAGGCAGUCCAGGGAGUCCUGGCAGUCCAGGCAGUCCAGGGAGUCCUGGCAGUCCAGACAGUCCAGGGAGUCCAGACAGUCCUGGGAGUCCAGACAGUCCAGGCAGUCCAGGGAGUCCUGGCAGUCCAGGGAGUCCUGGCAGUCCAGACAGUCCAGACAGUCCAGGGAGUCCUGGCAGUCCAGGCAGUCCAGGGAGUCCUGGCAGUCCUGGCAGUCCAGGCAGUCCAGGGAGUCCUGGCAGUCCAGGCAGUCCAGGGAGUCCUGGCAGUCCAGGCAGUCCAGGGAGUCCUGGCAGUCCAGGCAGUCCAGGGAGUCCUGGCAGUCCAGGCAGUCCAGGGAGUCCUGGCAGUCCAGGGAGUCCUGGCAGUCCUGGCAGCCCAGGGAGUCCAGACAGUCCUGGGAGUCCAGACAUUCCUGGGUGUCCAGACAGUCCUGGGAGUCCAGGGAGUCCAGACAGUUCUGGGAGUCCAGACAGUCCUGGGAGUCCAGACAGUCCAGGCAGUCCAGGGAGUCCUGGCAGUCCAGGGAGUCCUGGCAGUCCAGACAGUCCAGGCAGUCCAGGGAGUCCUGGCAGUCCUGGCAGUCCAGGGAGUCCUGGCAGUCCUGGCAGUCCUGGCAGUCCAGGCAGUCCAGGGUACGAUAAGAAAAUGCUUUUAUUUGUUAUGCCCCCAGCUCAUAUAAUAUCCUUCAGGCACCUUGAAGCUGGACUCUCUGGUCUCCAUUGUGUAAAUGGAGUUUAAGGGAGGGGUAUAUGUUGUGUUCCGUUUUGAUUCAUCUUGUUGUGUUGUAUUGAUGUUGAUGUGUUUAUUUUU